GGCCGGACCUCACUGCUUCCGGCCAGCUCAGCGCCCGCCCUCCGGAGCAGGAUUCGCGGCGCUGCGGCUGUACUGACGCGGAGCGGGCGGUUUUCGGCGUCGGCCGCUCCCGACGCCUCGCGACCCUCCAGCUCUCAGGCCGGGGCUUCCGCCUCCGCAUCCCCCUUCCCCCCGCAGGCCGGAUCUGAGCGGGACGGGCCCAGCGGCAGUGCUGUGGACGAGGCGCGUGUCGCUGCCGCCAUGCUGGACUUGCUGCGCUCCGUCCCCACGCAGAUGGACUACAAGGGUCAAAAACUAGCAGAACAGAUUUUUCAAGGAAUCAUUCUCGUCUCUGCAGUAAUUGGCUUUAUCUAUGGUUACAUCACUGAACAAUUUGGUUGGACUGUUUACAUAGUUAUGGUUGGAUUUGCUUUAUCUUGUCUGUUAACACUUCCUCCAUGGCCUAUGUAUCGUCGCAGUCCUCUAAAAUGGCUACCUGUCCAGGAAUCGGGACCAGAAGAUAAGAAGCCAGUAGACAGAAAACCAAAAAGGCAUCCUAAAUAAUAUGAACCUUGAUGAUGUAACAAUGCAGUAGUUUUCUUCAUUAAACAUGUCUAAGAAA